GUCGGUGUGACAUACCAAUGCAUACACUGAUUUACAAGUCAAUACUCAAAGAACGAAAGAACUAGAAAUAUGAAAGGAGAUGUUUUCAUACACUGAUCUUGAAGUCUGGAUUUGUUGUCGGUGUCUCGAUUCCAAUCCACUGUCUCAUACUCGCGAUAACUGCUCUUCUUGCGGCCACCCAAAAUGCGAUUCCUGUCGUAUUGAAAUACUCCAAAACCCCAAUAAGAACAUUACCAUGGACCUAAACUUCCAUAACUGAUUAAUGUAAUUCUAUUGGUCCAUGACAGGACUUGAUCACUUGACAAACGAUGCUGGUUGGGACUAGUAUAUUAGGAAUGACAUCGGGCUCCUCGUUGGAUACUGUUUCUUUUUUUCUGGGAAUCUCGCGUUGAUACUUGGCUUCCAUUUUUUGAGAGCCUGGAAGUAUUUGGAGUACUUUCGUUUCUAAUUUACGUCAUUUUCUAUAUUUGAGAGUCUAUUUUCGCAAUUUUAACCAGCCUGUGUUGCAAGGUGACUUUGUAAAGCGAACAGACCCCGCCACAGCCGAACGGGCCUCCUCCGUCCACGCAUGGAGGACUUCCGACACGAAGAAUGUCUUCCGCAAUAUUGUUGUCGGCCUCAACAAAAACAGAUAUCUUAAGAGAAGAUGUUCGAC